CAAUGGCCAUGUCUGCAGCAGCCGCAGCCGGAGCCCUCUCUGCCCGUCGCAAUGCCGAAACAAAGCAGCUCUCUUCCAUUCCUUCUCCUCCUUCUUCUUCAUUACCUUAUGAUGGCUUCUAUAGAGACACAUAUUGGAGGACGGAGGGAGUACUUGCAUCGGGUCAUAUUUACAGAAACGAUGUGGUAGAGAUCAUCACAAUCACUUGUUUGCAUUCAUGGAAUAGAGAAGUUCAUGCUUUAAGGAAGCGCUUGGUACUCCCGAGUAGCUUCGAGGAACUAAAGCAUGUUGGGAUGCAGAUAUAUGGUGCUUCUUUCUCUAGAGUCUUGCUCGAUAAUGGAGCUGAGAUUGAUGACAUUCGUGUGGUGAGAAAUGGCGAUCUGAUCGUUUUUGCUGAGGAAACGAAAGUCUUGAACGAAGAAGGAAAUGGGAUCAGUGGCAUUGGUAUGUUAAGAGACAGUGAUAAAUGGGCUAAGGAAUCGAAUGAUUGGAUCACGAUCACGAUCACCUGCUUGGAGAAGGGAGAUGUUGCGGGGAAGCUCCUAGUGCUCCCUUGUAGCUUCAUGGAGUUGAAGCAGAUUGGUGUGAAGAUAUAUGGUGCUAUCUUCGUUAGAGUCUUGGACGAAAAAAGAGUUGAGAUCAAUGACAUACACGUGUUGAGAAAUGGCGAUCGGGUCAAUUUUGUCAGUCAAAAACGGGUUGAGGAAUCGCGGGCACAGAAAUGGGCUAAGGAAUCGAAUACAUGGAAACGGGUUGAGAAAUCAAAUGCACAAAAAUGGGCUAGAGAAUCGAAAACACGGAAACGGGUUGAGAAAUUGAAUGCACAUAAACGGACUAAGGAAUCGAAUACACGAAAACGGGUUGAGAAAUCGAAUGCACCUGUCAAGGUCACCUGCUUUGCUCCUAUUAUGAGAGUGUUGAAAGGGUUGUGGUGAUCCAUACCCUUUUCAGUUAUUUAUUUCAUAUAAAUAGUAGGGACAAUUAUUUAUUUCAUAUAAAUAGUAGGGAAACUAUUUUUUCGUCAAA